AUGCAGCAGCCGGCACUGGCGCUCAUGGCCCUGGCAGCCUGCGUGGCCCUUCAUGCUUCAGAAGUUUUUCAAAGUAAAAUUAUUGCUGUGGAUACCGAAAAUGCUCAGUUCACAUUGAAGAAGGGAAGCAGGACAGAAGAGAUUAAACCCCUUCACAUCAAACACAGAAGAAUCUGUGUCAGCCCGCGUAAUCGCAUUCUUAAGCAGUGGAUGAAAGAACGAGCAGCCAAGAAAAAUACUAAAGGCAACAUUUGCCAUAAGAAGAACCACCACCGAAAGUGGAAGAGUAAGGUAGCACAGAAGGGCAGGCGUAAAGCCCAUGGCCAUAAAACCCCUCACUAG